AUGCUCAAUCACAAAAUCGGAAAAACUCUAUAAAAUUCCAAGGUGAUCUAAAGUUACUUGUUUACAUUAAUAGUUAAGCAAUUCAAAAAAGCCAAACCAUUUUGCAGAAAAGCAGGGAAAUCAUUUAAGCAACUUGAUAUGUAUGGAAAGUAGGUGUCGUUGACUUACAAAGGGCAAGAAACCUACAAAAGUUUAAUAGGUGCUGCUGCAAGUGCAAUAGUUUAUGGUGUAGUCUUCGCAUUCUUCUUCUAUAGGCUCGCUACUUUGAUUACAAAAGGAGACACAAAGGUAGCGAAGAAAUCGUUUUACAAAGAUCUAGACUCAGGUGCUUCCUAGUCAUACAACAUAGGCUAGAUGGGAUUUGAUUUCGCAUUUUAGUUGACAGGGGAAUAUAACUAAUCUAUCGCAUAAUUGGAAGCUAAUUAAGUAAUUGUGAGCUAUAAUGAAUCUACCCAAAAAUCAAACAGAAUUAAGUUACCAUUGCAAAUCAUUGAUUGCGGAAUUGAAAACUUUAGAUUCAAGGAUCAAUCAAAGGUUUCCCUGUAUAACAUCAACAACUUUAAGUGCAUUAAGGGCAAGGAUUAUUAAAUAUAGGGUAACUAUUACUCAAAAGACUUUAAAUAUGUUGAGAUUAAAACCAAGAGAUGCAAAUAUGAAAAUGAAAACAAUAACUGCUCUGAGAAAUCCAGUAUUGAUACCUUUUUCAGAAACAAUCAGUUGAACUUUGCAUUCAUAAACUCUUUCUUUGACUUUAACAACUACUCUUAGCCAAUUUAAACAUUCAUUGAUGACGCUCUAGAGUUCUUUGAUGAUUUAGCUGCAACUGAUGAUACAUUAGCUGCAAUUUAUAUCAGAGUAGAUAAAGCAUAUGACAUCUAUGAGAGAGCAAUUUACGGAAUUAGUGAUUUAUUGGGGGAUAUUGGAGGUUUCAAAGAAUCUAUCAUAAUGCUUGGACUCUUUAUGAUAUUCCAAAAAUCUAUAUCAAAGUAAGGUAAAUCCAUUAGCUAUAAAGAUUAAAAGAAGGCAUUUAGGCAACAAAAGUUAUAGUAGAAAAAAGAAUAUGAUAAUAAAGCUUAAAAAUUCAACUAGGAAACCUCAAAGAUUGAGACUUAAGAUAAAGAGAAUUUAAUAGCUGAAGUAUUCUCUAGAUAGAGAUUUAAUUAUACUUGUAGAGAUAUAGGGAAUUAUAUCUUAAGAUGUGGAUGCUUAAGAUCGCCUAAGAAAAUGAUAAUGGACCCAAAGAUGAAAAAGCAUGUAAUAUUCAGCAAAGGCACCAACAAAUUAAUGAAUGAACUAGAUUGUAUAACUUUGCUAAAAUCGUUAAGAAUGAUGAAAUUGAUUACUUAAGUAUUUCUAAACCAAAAUCAAAAGUUAAUUUUGAGAUUCUAAAGAAAGAACGUUAUCGGAUCAGAUUCAUCAUCUUCUGAUAGUGAUUAAAAUGAUCAAGAUAAUCUUAGACUUCUAGAGAGUAAAAAUAUAAUCAUCAAGUCUACAAUAAAAAACAAAAUCAAAACUGCUGUUGAGCAGUAUGCCUCGUUAGAAGAAUUCAAAGAAAUUGAUAAGCGAAUAUUAAGAGGUAUAUUCUAAAGAAAACUUAGAGAUCAAACAAAGGAGCAAAAAGCUAUUGAAAAUAUUAAGAAGAUAUUUGGCAAAAUGGGGAGCAGCAAGAAUCUGAAUGAUAUUGAGAAAGCACCCUCUACUUAAAUAAUAGAGAAAAAUACUUGGGAGCAUUCUAAUAAAUUAAUAAAGAAGCCUGAAAGUUCAUUAUAAAUAAUGCUGGCAAACGCUUUUCUCUAGAAGUAGCAAACUAGAACUACAGAAAUUUUUAGUACUCAGAAUCAGUCCUAGUAUGAUACACCUAAUAUGACAUAAGAUGAUUAAAAAUUCCUAAAAAGCAGAAAUUUCUCUUUGAAAAGAGACCCUUCUCCCAAUUUCAUAGGUACCUCCUUAAUGGAAAGAGAAAGCAGCUACUAUAAUGUAAAAUAUGAAUUUGAGCCAGACGAUAAAGAUGAUAAAAACAAAAAAGAGGAAUUUGACCAUAAUACAUUUGUUGAAAAUAUUAGAUCAAAUACAUCUUAGCUAGACCAAGUGAACACAAGCUUUGAUCUGAACCAAUUUGAAGACCAAAUAAUCAAAGAAGAAGAAGAAAGCUAUAAAAAAUAGAUGUUAAGUAUCUAGAAAAAUGAGAAUUAAUAACUCAAGUUGAAGUUCAGCCAAAAAAAUAAGAUAUCUCAUCAAUACUGA